GGUUUUUUUUUUUUUGUUUUUUUUUAUACAUACCGCGAGUGGUGCGUCCGUGGAAUUUUUUUUUUUUUUUUAUCACCACUCGAUCACCGCCGUACCGUCAUCCGGUUGUGUUUCUCGUCCACAACAAUGUUCGAAGGUGUGCCGUGGCGACGUACCGGACCUUUGACGACGUUGCCGACGGACGGGACGACUCGUGUCACCGCGAUAGUGUUGUUCGUUUCGACGGCAUGCACCCGGUCGCCGCCCGCCUAAACCGCCACCGCCCCGGACUGUUCGCCAACAGAGGUUGAACACGCCGCCCUUAGUAGGAUUUUGUUACCUUUAUUAAAAAAAAAAUAAUAAUAACAUUAAAUAAUGUUCUUGAAGUGAUCUAGACUUUACAAACUGAGCGCAUAAACAAAACCGUCAACAUGUGGAAUAUGAUGUGCGAUGUCAUGCCGACCAUCAACGAGGACAACAUCAGUCAGCGUCAUCAGUUGUCCGGUGAAGAUAACCGAAUCAACGAGUUCGUGGACACCCUAGUCGAAGAGCGCAAUAAGCUUUUAGAUACUCUCAGUAAAAGUCAAGUUAAACUUGACGAAACCGAAAAGCUAUUGGCUGAAGUCGAAGGCGAAAAAAGGGCCUUACAAAGUCAGAUUGAUGCUACGUUUCCUGAGGAAAUUGCAGCUUUGAGAAAAGAACUGAGCCAAACUCGAGAUCAGCUAGCAUCUAGAGAUGAAGAAAUAGCUGAGCUGAAAGCCGAAAGGAGUAAUACUCGAUUACUUUUGGAACAUCUAGAAAGUUUAGUUUCAAGACAUGAAAGGUCAAUUAGAUCCACAGUCAUUAAGAGACAGACGAAUACAAAUCCCACAGCGUACACGGGUGUUUCUAGUGAAGUGGAAGUUCUCAAAGCGCUUAAAAGCCUCUUUGAACAUCACAAAGCUCUUGAUGAAAAAGUAAGAGAUAGACUGAGGUAUGCACUUGAAGCUAAUGCAAAACUCGAAGAAAAAUUGGAAAGCACUAUGCAAGAGCUUGAUGUACUCAAGUCUGGUGGUAAAUCCGAAAAUGAUACCAAGGUUCAAGAAAAUGGAAGCGCUGAUAAUUCUGACGGAUCCACUCAACAGUUGACUACUAUAAAAAAUAGAACACUGAACGGUCACGUUGAUGAAACAAUUGAAAAUGCACCCGAUAAAAAUCUAGUCGACGCACGUGUGGAAAACUGUAUGAAUAACGGUAUUGACGCUGAGAAUUCUGAGUAUGGAACUUGGAAAAUGAACGAACUAUCUAGUCGAGUGUCUGAACUGGAGGACUCGCUAUCUAAAACGCAACGAGAGCUCCAUAAAUCGCAAGACAGUAGCAAUAACUUGCACCAUGAAUUGAGAGAAAACAUUGCAAUUAAAGAAGAACAAGAAGAACGUUUAAAUUCCUUAGAAAAAAAAUACAUGAAUCUGCAACGUGAGUGCACUUCAAUACACGAUUUGAACGAUAAGUUAGAACAAGAAUUGCAGCAUAAAGAAGCGCAGUUAAAAUUACAAGAAGAAAAAACCCGUGCAACGCACGAAAAGUUAGAAUUGUGUGAACAAAAGUUAGCACAAUUCGCCACACUGCCAGAAAUAGAACAAGAGCUAAAACAGCGAAUGGAGGCCCUUACGCAGGUAAGGGCUCAGGCGCAAGAAAGACACGGUACAGCAGAAGAUCGUAUCCAAAGACUAGAGUCGCAAGUCGAAGAGAAAAAUGCCGAAGUUUUAAGGGUUAAUCAAAGGCUGAAAAUGAAUGAAGAACACAACACUAGAUUAUCGGCUACAGUUGAUAAAUUAUUAUCAGAAUCAAAUGAACGUUUACAAGUGCAUUUGAAAGAACGUAUGCACGCUCUAGAAGAAAAGAACUUGUUAACGCAAGAAUUAGAAAAGUGUCGUAAGCUAGUCGAAGAAUUGCAAAACGAAAAGACUGAAUUAUUGAAAGAACUCGGUAAAGCUCGUAUGGAAAUUGAUAAUAUUAAAAGACAAAUGCUCCAGCAAGAGAUAUCUUUUAAUAUUCAACAGACUGAUGCGCUUACAAGGAGUUUAUCGCCUGGUGGACCUGAUCAGGGUGGGUUUGCUCAUAGCUCUAGUCAUCAUUCAAACUUUGACACUCACUCAAUAGCCCGAAGAUCAAUGAAAUCUAGAAUGUCCCCUAUGGAAUCCAACCACGCCAAGGAAUGGGAAAAACUACAACAAGCACACGUGCUGGCCAAUGUGCAACAAGCGUUUGAUGCUUCUAGCGAUUGUGACAUGGAUGGCGGUGACGACGACCUAGACGACGAUGGUGGCAUGUACUGCGAUGCCGGUGAACAAUUGUCUCCGUCGGCUGCAGAUGCGCAAACAUUAGCGUUGAUGCUACAAGAACAGUUGGACGCCAUCAACACUGAGAUCAGAUUAAUCCAAGCCGAAAAACAAAACACGGAAGCUAGAGCAGAGGAACUCGAAUCGAGAGUUGGUAGCAUAGAGCAUGUUAAUCUGUUAUCUAGGAGUCGUAACUACGAACGACAGUCACCACCGCUUAGCGGCAGAGGUACACCUCAAAAUGAAUACCUGCAUAAAUAUCAUUCUCUCCAGCUAAAUGAAGACGACAAUAUGGGCCUAUCGUCCACUCAAGAUAACAAUGGUGCGGCGAGCCCGUUAACAGCACGCUCUAUGAGAUUAGAGCGAGUCGCCCAAGCUCUAGCACACAGUCAAGAAGAAUUGAGAAGACGGGCUGGAAUUAACAAUGUACCGACUACAAUGAGCAUAAUCAAUUACAAUCCUUCUACGCUCAGGGGUGCCAGUGGCUUUUCCACGCCUCCAUCACCGUUGUCCUCUCGUCAUAGCAGUCAAGAUUCCCUACACCACGGGCCGUCCAUGAUGGGCCAAGCGGGAACCAGUUUGUCAAGUAUAUCGAGCGCGUUCAGUAUCUCCCAGAUGCCAUCGUACCAUCACACAUUGCCGUCAUCAGCGUCUGCGGCUGCACAAAAAAAGAAAGGCAUCAAAUCAUCUCUAGGACGGUUCUUUAGUAAAAAAGAAAAGCAAGGAAAAGGUAAAGAAGGCAUGAGUGGCAUGUUAAGUCAAAUGUCCACAUCUGAUAUGUCUUUAGCCAGUUCUUAUGCGGGGGACGACACGUCCAGUUUGUGUAGUGCAAGCUUAGGACAAAAAGGCGAUUUCGACAGGCGAAAAAAGAAAAAGCAUGAACUCCUAGAAGAAGCAAUGAAAGCGGGAACGCCGUUUGCAUUGUGGAAUGGUCCCACUAUUGUCGCUUGGUUAGAACUAUGGGUAGGAAUGCCCGCAUGGUAUGUGGCCGCUUGCAGGGCCAAUGUUAAAUCGGGAGCUAUAAUGAGUGCGCUAUCGGAUACCGAAAUACAAAGAGAGAUUGGAAUAAGUAAUCCAUUGCAUCGUUUGAAAUUGAGGUUAGCCAUCCAAGAGAUGGUAUCGCUGACUAGUCCAUCGGCACCGGCAAAAUCCUUGCGUUCUACUCUAGCGUUUGGCGAUAUGAAUCACGAAUGGGUCGGUAACUAUUGGUUACCAUCGUUGGGAUUGCCUCAAUACCGUUCUACUUUCAUGGAAUGUCUGGUUGACGCCAGAAUGCUUGACCACCUAACAAAACGGGAUUUCAGGUCACAGUUAAAGAUGCUCGACGGCUUUCAUCGAACGAGUUUGCAGUUUGGUAUUACGUGUCUUAAGCGAGUCAAUUUUGACCGUAAUCUUUUAGAAGAGAGACGUCGCAUUGCUGAACAUGAGACUGUGGACAUAUUAGUUUGGUCCAACGAGCGUGUAAUCAAAUGGAUCACUACUAUCGGCCUCAAAGAGUAUGCUAAUAAUUUAAUUGAAUCUGGUGUGCACGGUGCCAUAAUAGCGCUCGACAAAAAUUUUGACUCCAAUACGCUAGCGAUGGCUCUGCAAAUACCUCCGCAAACCACACAGGCUCGUCAAGUUCUGGAUACCGAAUUCAACAAGUUACUAACCAUAUCAACGGAACGGAGACUAGACAGUAGUUGUAGCGAUCUCGGUGCUUCUUGAUAUUACCCGGCGGCCUCUCAGGAUUGAAAAUGACGAGAGGCGCCGAAAUUGACUGUCUGUUUUUAUUGCUGUACUGUUGUUACAACAGUACUCGGCUGUUAUUAUUCCAUACAUAUUAUAAUGUGCUGAACAUUUUUUUGUCCCUUUCAUAUUCUAAGUGGUAUAUUAAAGUAGAAAUUGACCUUUUUUUAUUAUUUAUUAUUGUAUAACAAUUGUUUUUUUUAAAUCAUUGUUGAGGUAAUGUUAUUACAUCGGUUACCACAUCGGAGUAUUACCAAUCUAAUCGGUUAAUUUUAAAAAGAAAAACCCUUUUUACAUUGUUUUUGUUCUUUUUUUUAUUAUGUUUUUCUGUGUUGUAUAGUAUUAAUUAUUUGAUGAUCAAACAUUAUAAAUACCCCUAGGAUAAAAUGAAUCUAAUAAACGAGUAAUGAGUAAUGACAAAUAUUAUGCACAAUUUCUGUGAGAUUAAGUACCAAAGUAUUGUUUAACAUAAUAUAUAUGUGUAUACUAUUAAUAUUAAGGAGUAUUAUUUAUAUAUUACCGUAACAAUAAUGUAUUAAUUAGAGAAAUGAUUAAUCAUAAUUAAGAUUUUAAUUUUACAAUGUAAUGUGACCUCGACUUGCAUUCGCGUAAGUAACGGUGCAACGCACAAUAAAAAUAAAGUUUUUAUUAAAUCUUCCUUCACCGAGUUUGUUCAGUUUGUUUUAGAACUGAGUUACUAUGAUUAUUACUAAGUAAGAAUGUAACAUCUGUCAUAUCUUUUAUAGUUUUAGUUUAUUCACUAUUAUUAUUAUUAUUUUAUUUAUCUGUUUUGUUAGUGGCCAGUGUCCCAUAUAUAUGUAUAUAUCUAUAUAUAUAUUAUUUUAGUAUUAUAAUAUAGGUCUUGAAACAGCCUGUCUCUAUUACCCUUUUGACCGUUAUUAUGUUUAUUAUAAAAUAAAAUGGUGUAACUAUGUUAUAAACAUUGUAUAAAAUUGUUUAUGUAUAAAUUAUAAUUAAAAAAUAUAAAGAUCAUAUAUUCCUACUUUCUCUUAGGUUCUCGUCAGUUUGUUAUUAUUGUAUAUCGAAAUAAUCUGACACGUAGGCUGAUUGACCGCAUAAAAUAAAAGUUAUUGAUUUUUUAA